GGGAAUAUAAAAGGAGAUCAGCAGGAGCAGGAGGUAGUGUGCAGAGGAGAGCCCUACAAACACCGCAGCCCCAGCCUCACUCGUGGCUCUCAGCCUUCCCAGCACCAUGAGGGUCCUUGCACCUGCCCUGGCUGCUAUGCUCCUUGUGGCCAUCUGCUCCCUGGCUGAGGCUGAUCCCAGUGUCUCCAGGAGUGCUGCACUUUCCAAGAAGAACGGAUUUGAAAUCCCCGUCUGCUGCCUCUCCUACAUUUCACGCCCCAUUCGACGCAGCAUGAUCACCUCUGCCUACGUGACCAGCAAUCUCUGCUCAGUGCCAGCCGUGGUCCUGAUCACCAGGAAAGGGAGGGAGAUAUGUGCAAACCCCAGUGCUGGCUGGGUGCAGAAAUUCCUGGAGGACUUGGAGCUCCAGGUGCACUGACUCCUCCCUGCUGCUGCUCCAGGGCAGUGGGCUCAGCCUGCACCACAAGACUGCAAUAAGAGUGCUUGAGCUGCAUCCUUCUUCGAAAGGAAAAUUUAUUACAAUUGCCAUACACUCGUUUAACUAAAUUUUGCUUGCAUAAAUGCUUGAAUAAACUGUUUGGCUUUUCAAAUCC